AUGACAUCUGAACCAAAACAUUUACAAAAAGUUUGCCCGGUUGUAUUCGAACACAAAGAUCAAUUGGAGAAAAUAAAUAUAUUUGCCAAGAAAGUUUUUGUAUCGCUUGGAUGUCGAGAUUUAGCCAGAAUUGAUUUUCGUGUUGAUUCCAAUGGAGAUAUAUAUCUUCUUGAGUUGAACGUGCUUCCUACUAUAGAUAAUAGUAAUGCUAGCAGUCUGGUAAUUAUGGCAGAAGAGCGUGGACUCUCGUAUGAAGCACUCAUUGAACGUUUGAUAUCUCCAGUGAUGAGAAGAUGGUUAGCGGUCAAACAAGCUGCUCAGCAAACAUAA